GGAGGGGUCCCGAUGUGGGGGGGUGGGUUUGGGACACCCCUCCGGGGAGGCGGCGGCUGCCCGGGGGGCUGCGAGUGCGACCGGGAGAGCGCCCUGUGCCGGGGGGGGUCCGGGGGGGUCCCCCGGGGGCUCCCCCCCCGCCUGGCAACGCUGUCACUGGUUCGGUGGCACAUCGAGGUCCUGGCCGAGGGCAGCUUCCGCCACACCCCGAGCCUGCAGCUGCUGUUGGUCACCGCCGGGAGCUUGGGGACCAUCGGGGACGGGGCCUUUGCUGGACUGGUGUUACUGGAGUACCUGUUCAUCGAGGACAAUGAGGUUGGGGCCAUCGAACCCACCGCCCUGCGGGGCCUCCGGGGGCUCCUGUUCCUGAGUUUGGCCAACAACCGCCUGGAGACGCUGCCUCGGGGGCUCUUCCAGGGACUGGAGACCCUGAGCCACCUAGACCUGCGGGGGAACCCGUUCCGCUGUGAUUGUCACCUGCGGUGGCUCCUGUCCUGGCUGGGGACAGUCCCCUCCUCCCCUGAAGCCACCGGGAGCUGCCACAGCCCCUCCCCCCACCAAGGGACCCCCCUCGCCCACCUGGAUCCCCGGGACUUCCAGUGCCAGCGGGCAGAGCUCCGGCCAUUCCAGUCCCUGCCCUUCUCAUCCCUGGGGGCCGAGUCCUUCACACUGGGGGGGCACCAGGGGGUGGCCCUGGCCCAGCCCUUUGCCGGCGCCUGCGCCCUCCUGGAGUGGGACCAACUGGCCGGGAGGUUCCAGGCCCCCACCAUCAUCAACAGCUCCUCCCCCGUGGCCUGCCACCCCCUGCCCCUUGGAGGGUCCCUCCUGGUGGUGGUGGCCCAGCUCCGAGGCGGUUCCUGGGUCUGGCGCCGCUCUGGUGGCCCUGGGGCCACUUUUGUUCGCCACCAGAGCCUCGGGGCCGGGCGGCUGCGUCGCCCCCACGCCGUGGCCACCGCCCGCCUCGGGGGCCACCUGUACCUGGGCGUGGCCGACAGCUCCAAGGGGGGCACCAGCACCGUGUUCCGCUGGGGUGGGCGCGGCUUCUACCCCCACCAGACCCUGCGGGCGUGGCACCGCGACACCCACCUGGAGUUCCUGGAGCUGGGCGGGCGCCCGGCGCUCGUGGUGUGCUCGGGGGCCAGGAGACCCCUCGUGUACCGGUGGAGCGGGGGGGUCUUCACCCCCCACACCGACAUCCCCCACGUGCCCGACGUGUACGCGGCGAAGCACUUCCGGCUGAGGGGACACGUGUUCCUGUGCCUCACGCGCUUCCUGGGGGACGCCAAGGUGAUGCGCUGGGAGGGCUCCAUGUUCCGGGAGAUCCAGCAGGUCCCGGCUCGGGGGUCGAUGAUCUUCCAGCCACUGACCUUGGGUGGCCACCGCUAUGUCCUGCUGGGCAACGACUUCGCCCUGAGCCGCGUGUUCCGCCUGGGCCCCGAGGGGCACCUGGAGCCCACCCAGGAGCUGCUGGUGCCCACCCCCCGUGCCUUUGUCCCUGUCACCGUUGGCCAACGGCACUUCCUUGUGGCCUCGAGCUUCAAAGGGGCCACCCAGAUCUACUGGCACAUCACCGUAGAGCUCGGGGCAUGAGAGGA